AUGGAUUCCCAAACCAAUUCUUACCCAACGCCACCGUCGUCCUCCGCCAGUCGUCUUUGUGGGUGGUGGUCACGACCAAUAGCGACUCUGCCGGCGGCAACUAAUGGUCGCCAAGCCACUCUCAAGGAAUAUGCGGCUUCCCUUUCACCCUUUCUCGGCGCCAUCUUCACCAUCGUCGCCAUAUUUUUAAUCUUGCACCUAUACAUCGACCAAGCUCAACCCCACGCCAAAGUAUCCAUCCAAAACAUCGCCGUCUCCUCCGACACGUGGCAAAUCGAUUUCCUCGUGAAAAACCCGAGUUUCAUGUAUCUAAUCUACUCUGACGACGGUGACGGUGACGCUACCGUGGGACUCGGUCACCUAAACGCAGCCGUUUUAAACAUCACUCGUAAACGUGAUUCUAAAGAUCACGCGGCCUUCUCGUUGGUUUUCGUUGCUGAGCAGGGAAAUCGAAGCGACGCCGUUUACGGAGAACAGCUUGACAUCACACUCAGAGCGAGGCAUAAGCGUUAUACAGAUUUUGACGAAGCCGGACACUUGAAUAUACGAUGCCAAAAUCUGAUCAGAGGCCGUGAGAAGAUUAUAUGCCAAUCCUCUUUUACACCUUUAAAGACGUUUGAGGAAGGAUUAAAUGUCUAA